UCUCUCUCUCUCCUUCCCUCUCCCUCUCUUUCUGUCCCCCUCAUUUUUUUUUUGGAAUAGUGCGCAGCUGGCUUUACUCCGGGAUGGAGCGCGUAUGGGACCGUGCGUCCUCCUCUGGGAUGUUUAUUCUCGGGGUGUUAUCGGCGCUAUCUGGAGUCUGGAGUUUUAAUUUAUACUCAGAGCAUCCCACUGUUUACAGAGGACCCGAUGGAAGUUAUUUCGGUUAUUCUGUGGACUUCUAUCAAGCCAACUCCGACAGCAACACGUUCAGUGUAUUGGUGGGGGCUCCUAAGGCGAACACCUCCCAGCCUGGGAUUGUGGAGGCAGGGGCCGUCUACUACUGCCCCUGGCCUGGACUACCAGACAGCUGUAGACAGAUACCAUUUGACAAUGCCAAUAACAGAAUGAUAAAGGUAAAUGGCACCCGGGAGCCUCUGGAGUUUAAGUCACACCAGUGGUUUGGUGCAUCAGUCAGGACACACAAAGAGAAAGUGGUGGCAUGUGCUCCUCUUUACCACUGGCGGACAGUGAAGCUGAGUGGGGAGAAAGAUCCUGUGGGGACCUGCUAUGUGGCUGUCCAAAACUUCAGCGCCUACGCAGAGUACUCACCCUGCAGGACCAAUGAUCCAGACCCAGAGGGACAAGGAUUCUGCCAGGCUGGAUUUAGUGUGGAUUUCACCAAGGAAGGAAUGCUGGUGGUAGGAGGACCUGGAAGCUUUUACUGGCAAGGUCAAGUGAUGACAGCAGGGAUAGCUGAGAUCCUGAACGGCUACUCCUUGAAGGCAGUACUGAGACGAGUUCCAGGAGAGAAACAUACUAGUGCUGCUGAAGACUCACACGAUGACAGCUACCUUGGUUACUCUGUGGCAGUGGGAGAGUUUACAGGAGACUCUGAACAAGAGUUGAUCGCUGGAGUCCCAAGAGGACUACAGAACUUUGGAUAUGUGGCAAUGAUCAACUCAACCAAUAUGACCUUCAUCCAGAACUUCACAGGGGAACAGAUGGCCUCGUAUUUUGGCUACUCCGUGGCUGUCACUGAUCUGAAUGGAGAUGGGACGGACGAUGUGUUAGUCGGAGCACCCCUCUACAUGGAGAGAGAGCUGGAGAGUAAACCCAGGGAGGUGGGAAGGGUGUACAUGUACCUUCAGCUGGCCCCUCUUACAUUCUCCGACCCUGUCACCCUCACUGGCACGUACACCUUUGGACGUUUUGGAACCGCUAUCGCACCCCUGGGAGACAUCAACCAGGAUGGAUACAAUGACGUGGCGGUGGGCUGUCCGUUCGGAGGAGAGGACCGAGGUGGAAGAGUAUUGAUCUUUAACGGUAACAAAGAUGUAGCCACGCAGGGCCUGACCAUGAGCCAAGAGCUGAAAGCGGCCAGGACGCCCAGCGGCAGCUUGGCUGGAUAUGGAUUCACUCUUAGAGGGGGCCAAGACCUGGACAACAAUCAAUAUCCUGAUCUGAUUGUGGGAGCGUUUGGAGCCGGUGAGGUGUCCGUCUACAGAGCUCGAGCUGUCGUGUCCGUUGAUGCUAAAAUGAUCCUGACUCCCAGAAUCCUGAACCCUGAAGACCGCCAAUGUAACCUGCCCCACACAAAUAUUAUGGUCACUUGUUUAAAGGUGGACGUAUGUGCAGCAGUGAGUGGAGUGGGGAUCCCCAGCUCUGUAGACCUGAGAGCUGAGCUGCAGCUGGACUGGCUGAAAGGCACCAGAGGGGGGGUUAAGAGAGUUCUCUUCAUCGAUACCCAGCAGCCUCAGCGCACAGGGCUCCUAAAGCUGGGUCAAGACCGGCCACAUGCAUGCAUAAGUUACACCAUUUACCUGAAAGAGGAGGAUGAGUUCAGGGACAAAUUAACCCCCAUCUCCCUGGCUCUGAACUACAGCUUGGCUCCGCCCACUCACAGCAAAGAACUCCCACCCGUCCUCAACCAGUACAGCAGCACCUUCCUCCAAGAACAUGCCUACAUUCUCUUGGACUGCGGUGACGACAAUAUUUGUAUCCCCAACCUCCAGCUCUCUGCCAGCAUAGAUCAGUCAGAGCUGGUGAUUGGAGAUGAAAACCUGGUCAUGUUGACCAUCACUGCGGCGAACUUAGGAGAAGGAGCCUACGAGACCGAGCUCCACACACUGAUACCACCGGAGGCCGACUACAUUGGAGUCGAGCGCAGGGUGGAGUCUCUGUCACAGUUAAACUGCGAGUACAACAUGGUCAAUGAGUCCAGAAUAGUCGUGUGCGACUUGGGCAACCCAAUGAUGGCUGGGACAGAGCUGUCCGUUGGUUUGCGGUUUUCUGUCCAAAGGCUGGAAGAUGCUGGACCAAAAAUCAGCUUUGAGCUACAGAUCCACAGCUCCAACAAAGAUAACUCUGACAGCAACACUGUCACUUUGAAUCUGUCCAUUGUUGCCAGAGCUCAACUGGACUUACGUGGGGUAUCUCAUCCUUCUCAGGUGGUGCUGCCAUUCCCACGCUGGGAACCCAAAGAGAAGCCUGUCAAAGAGGAUGAUGUGGGACCACAAGUAACACACAUCUAUGAGCUCCAUAACUCUGGCCCCAGCAGUAUUCGGGAAGCAGAGCUUCAGGUAGGCUGGCCUGCCCGUUUCCGUGAUGAAAACCUGCUGUAUGCCAUGGAGAUUCAAACUGACGGACCAAUUAGCUGCAGGACGAACACCAGCCUCAACCCUCUCGGCCUUCAGAUCUCUGCUCUCCAGGACACUCCUGAAUUACUAGGUUUCCUGAAAAACACCAGUAAUCCUUCACCUCACCGGCACAAGCGAGCGGUCACUGCUGCUCAGAAUUACACCGGUAAAACCCUGAAUUGCACCAACAUCUCCUGUCUGAGGGUCAUGUGUGUCGUUGGGAGGUUGGAUCGUGGGCAGAGUGCCGUAGUUAAGAUCCGCUCCAGGCUCUGGGCGCACACUUUCCUGCAGCGACGUAACGACCCGUACAUUCUCAACUCAACCGUGUCCUUCAUGGUGAUUGCAAUGCCUUACCGCAUCCGACCUACAACCCUUCCUCAACACUCCACCUCGAUGGGUACGCUGGUGUUAUGGGGGACUCCAGACGUGUCAUUUGCAGUUCCCCUCUGGGUCAUUGUCCUCGCCAUACUGCUGGGACUGCUGGUUUUGGCCAUGUUAACAUUAGCCAUGUGGAAGUGUGGUUUCUUCGACCGGGCACGACCACCAGCUGAUGACGACAUAUCCGACCAGGAGCAGCUGACGUCUGAUCACACAGGGGACGCCUAAGACAAGAUGUGCUAGCUCCUACUAGAGGACUGUGGUUUGGGAGGAAUGUGCACCUUCUGAGUAACCUGAAUCAGAUCUGUAGUUGUUGGACCUACAUUCCAUGGCUUGAGGUCUUCCGUCUUUCUGUUAACAAACCUGAGUGAAAGGACGGACCAAAGACUGUAGCGCCGCACAGACUGGGACCAAAAAACGAGGUUUAAACCAGAUGGAGUGGGACCAAAACACACUUGAUAGGCCCAAUCACACACACAUGUCCAUGAUUUAUUCAUUGUGAUGAACCAACAGAACUGAGGACACAAAGGACUUUGUUGUGAAAGCAAACUUUUAGAUUUUUCUGUAAUAGCUGAACAAUUUUUUGUAUGUCUGUGGAAGUGAGAGACUUGAUAGUGUGCACAGUAUGAGUGUAUGUGUGCAGGGACUGUACAUGUGUGUGUAUGGGUGCCUCUUGUGUUACCUUUUCAUUCACUUAUUGAAUUCUCUCCCCUCCUGAUUUAAUUUAUCCUAGUUUUCUUACUGUUAAACGGAGCUGCACACAGACAGCUACACAAACUCAUAUUUACUGCACAGAUGCAGCCACAUGCAUAAACACAAAGGGCACAAAGUUUCUGUGUAUAUUUAUGAAUGUAUGUGCAAUAUUUGGGUGUUAUGUGAUACUGAAGCUUGUUUACACUGGCAUUAUUUUAUUAUUAAUGUUUCAUUGUUUGUGUAUAUAAGUGAUGAAUUAGUAUAUUAGAUAUUAGUGUUGAUGAGCAAUGGAAGCAAUUGUUUAGACUGAUUGAAGCACCACCACAUAAUGUUUCCAAAGAGGAAGGCAAAUAACAAAUUAAUAACUUAUUAUUGUCUCAAGAGAAUGACUAUAGAGUUUUAUCUUUGUGGAAACAGAUAAUAUCUCUUUGCAGUGGAGGUCCUUCCCUGCCUGUUCGAAGUUUCACAUUAUGUGUUUCUGCUUUUUUAUUUUGUUCUGACAUAGCAGCUGAUGAGACUUCAAAUACUAUGUGCAAAGAUAAAGCGUCCAUAUUAAGAACACAACACACUGUAGACAGUGUGAGGCUGAGUACAUUAUUACUGUGUUUGUCUGACAUGACUGCAUCAUGUACAGGGAGGCAGGACAUCAUCAACACCCUUAAUUCUGAAGGAAAGAGUGUCAUGAUUGAGUCGUAGUUGUCUUUUUGUAUUAAGUGUGAAGGUUUAUCAGAAUAAAGUGUUGUUUGAUUACUAUUGUU